AUGAUUGUGAUGUCUGAGAAACCCCUUCAGCCAGUUCAUCCACAGGUUUCAGACACCACUUUUUGUCCUUCUUCUAAAAGGUUGGAAGGCAAAAUUGCUAUUGUAACUGGGGGUGCUAGGGGCAUUGGUGAAGCAACUGUGAGAGUUUUUGUGAAGCAUGGUGCAAAGGUGGUGAUUGCUGAUGUUGAGGAUGCAGCUGGAGCCAUGCUUGCUGAAACACUAUCUCCUUCAGCUACCUACGUCCACUGUGAUGUUAGCUUGGAGAAGGAGGUUGAGAACUUGGUUAGUUCCACAAUUUCUCGCUAUGGACACCUUGACAUCAUGUUCAACAAUGCUGGGGUGCUAGGGAACCAGUCCAAUAACAAGAGCAUAGUCAACUUUGACCCUAAUGAGUUUGACCGAGUGAUGAGUGUGAAUGUGAAGGGUGUGGCUUUGGGGAUCAAGCAUGCUGCAAGAGUGAUGAUUCCAAGAGGAGUAGGGUGCAUUAUCUCAACUUCUAGUGUGGCUGGGCUCAUGGGGGGGCUUGGACCACAUGCUUACACAGCCUCAAAGCAUGCCAUAGUUGGGCUUACAAAGAACACUUCUUGUGAGUUGGGGAGGUAUGGGAUCAGGGUCAAUUGCAUUUCACCAUUUGGGGUGGCUACUUCCAUGCUUGUGAAUGCAUGGAGGGCUUGUGAUGAAGAGGUUGAUCAUGAGGGCAUCAAUUUUGGGGUGCCUUUGCCAGAGGAAGUGGAGAAAAUGGAGGAGUUUGUUAGAGGUCUUGCCAACUUGAAAGGACCAACUUUGAGGGCUCUGGACAUUGCUGAGGCUGCACUUUAUCUUGCUAGUGAUGAAUCCAAGUAUGUUAGUGGCCAUAAUCUUGUUGUGGAUGGUGGAGUCACUUCCUCAAAAAAUUGUAUUGGAUUGUAA